CCGGCACUAACAACACCACCAACCUACCAUUAUCAAAAAGCCAUCAUAAAGCUGACCUUGUAACCCUUCUCUUCACAAAAACUUGCUUCUAAUGAACAUCUAAAACACCAUACAUAUUCCUGCAAGGAUUCUAAGCAUCCAAACAACCGCUAAGAUCAUGUGGCGCAAGUUGGCUAGAUUGAGGAGCAACGUUCAAAACAUCAGGAAAAGCCCACGAGUAGCUGAUGAGAGCAUGUUUGGAGGCAUGAACGGAGCUGAAUUUCCAAUCCUUGUUCAUGAUAUGAACAGAACACAAAGGUGGAAUGCCCUUUCUGCCCUGCUUAGAAUUGUUCUUGCACCAUUUUCAAUUCCUUCUUGCUUCUCAUCACAACCUCAUGUCCAUGGUGCUGAUGGUCUCUGGGUGACUGGUGAGUUUGCGCAGCUAUCAGAGAUGAAUCAUCUCAUGGUAAAUGACAGCAUGCGCUAUGCAAUCUUGAUGUAGACAUGUAAGUUACUUACCAGGUGUACUUAAUUAGUUGGUUUAGAGGGGUAGCUAGUAUGGAAUGCAAAUUUUGUCCACGGUACUAUUACUUGGCUGGCAAGGAUUUUCAAAGAAUCAAUGUCUUUUAUAGAAUGCGAUCCAUGUAAAUCUUUUCCCUUUUGUAUGCACCAGUAAUAGAUGCUGCUUGUUAGAGGAGAAGCUCGACUAUAUAUCCCUGUAUGAGUAGGGUUUUUCAAUCCAUGAAUAAUGUUAUCAGCUGGCUUUCGCUUCGCUCCCAGAUUAAGUUUUGGGAAUUGAUGAGAGUUUCAUAUCCAUUGAUUGAUUGUUAAUUAUAUGGAGUUGUUUAUUUGAAUAAGAUUAGUUAUUUUUCAA